AUGACAAAUUUAACAUCACUUAAAACUUCACUUUAUAAUUGGCUUAAUUCUUCAAGUGGGCCUCUUCUUGACCUUCGUCCUCUACAUAUUCACUUUGGCUGUAGAAUUAUCCCAUCCACUUGUAUUCCCUUUUCCGAUUUGAAGAAACAUCAAUUUGAACUUCCACCAAAAUCCUUACCUCUUGCUGUAUUGGAACCACACAAUAACAAGGGAAUAGCACAACAAUUACUUAAGGACCAAGGAUGGAACGUUCUUUGGGUGUUUACCGAAAGCGAAAGAUUAUGGAAAGUCGGAAGAGAACUUGGAAUUAUCGAAGAGAUUAGCAUAAAUACAAAUGAUAAUAACAUGGAUUCGUCGGAUCUUUACUCUAAAAGACAACGAUGGACACUAUUUCAACCUUGCCCCUUUUUAAAAAAUAACAUGAAUUUCAUAGAAGAAUCACUCAGAAACAUGCACAAACCAAAUACGACAUUCACUUGUUUGGAUAUCGCUUGUGGAAGCGGACGAGAUGCUUCCUGGCUUUGUUUACGCACAACUGUUGACUGGCAUGUCACUGCCAUCGAUACUAUGACUAGUGCUCUCGACCGAACAAGGCAAUUAGCACAGGGUGUUGGAGUCUUGUCCAAGAUUCAAACCGUACCCGUAAAGAUCAUGCCGGAUGGAUCGGUUAAACAACCUCCGAUAAGAGCUGGAGAUAUCAAAAAUGGUAAGACAAAUUUAUAUGAUAAUGUUGAUUUUCUUUGCCAAACCUAUGACCUUGUCCUUUGUGUCCGCUUUUUGCGUCGAAAAUUUUUCGACACCAUGAUGAAAAUGGUAAAGCCUGGAGGAUUUCUUUUGAUCAGCACAUUUGUAAAUGAUGGAGUGCAUUCGUACAAAUAUCCUAAAGGUGAAACACAUCGAUUGAAACUUGGAGAGCUUGACGCAUUUUUUCAAGAUCAAUUUGAAGUAUUGCAAAAUGAAAUCGAGCUUAUAGAAGACGGAAGACCGGUGAAUUCGUUCUUAGCUAGAAAGCGAACAGGUUCACCGAAAAACAGCAU